UAAUGUGUUUCAGAAAUGAAACCAAAUUUCGCCUCUGACUCAAAAAUAAACAGGAAAACAAAGCCUAGACGUCUUCUAUAAACAAGGGCUCGGCAAUUCUCAUUGACGAUCAGUCCACCUGCGUCAAAGGGUGAAAUGUAAGCGGCAAUCCCUUUACGUGUAAUAAUCCUGGAAUGGAGCUAAACUAUGCUUGGUCAACAAAGGUGGGCUAUUUUCUUGUUUGUAGGCCUAAAUACGCGUAGCCGAAUCAUUUUCCAGGUCCAAUCAGUAGCUAGGGGCUUGAUUGCUGAAGGUAACUGAAGCUGUGGUUACCAUGGCGGCACACUUUGACACAGAGUACCAGCGCCUAGAGGCUUCAUACAGCGACUCUCCAACCGGAGAGGAGAACCUACUGGUGCACAUACCUGAUGGAAACAAGUCCCCGUGGCACCACAUAGAGAACCUGGACCUGUUCUUCCAGAGGGUCUAUAACCUGCACCAGAAGAAUGGCUUCACCUGUAUGCUGCUGGGAGAGGUCUUUGAGCUGGUUCAGUUGCUGUUUGUGGUAGGGUUCACAGUCUUCUUGGCUAACUGUGUGGACUAUGACAUUCUGUUCGCUAACAAGUUUGUCAACCACACCGACUCCUCCAAAGUCACUCUGCCUGACGCCUUCCUGCCUGUGGACGUCUGCAGUGCAAGUAUCCGUGACAACGUGACAGUGAUGUUUGUGUUGAUGAUAUCUGGAGUGUUCUGGCUGCAUCGCCUCAUCAAGUUCAUCUACAACGUCUGCUGCUACUGGGAGAUACGCUCCUUCUACACCAACGCACUCAAGAUGAGCAUGGCAGAGCUGCCAUACUUCACAUGGCAGGAGGUUCAGGCCCGGAUCGUUGAGAUCCAGAAGGAACACCAGAUCUGUAUCCACAAGAAAGAACUCACAGAACUGGACAUAUACCACCGUAUCCUGCGCUUCAAAAACUACAUGGUUGCCAUGGUAAAUAAGUCCCUCCUUCCUGUGCGUUUCCGCCCGCCACUGCUCGGGGAGAGUGUGUUUUACACCCGCGGCCUCAAGUACAACUUUGAACUCAUCCUCUUCUGGGGGCCAGGCUCUCUGUUUGAGAGUGAGUGGAGUUUGAAGCCGCAGUAUAAGAGAGGUGGUAACAGGUUGGAGCUGGCAGACAAACUGGCAUCACGUAUACUGUGGAUCGGCAUCGCUAACCUCUUACUCUGUCCUGUCGUACUGGUCUGGCAAAUACUGUAUGCCUUCUUCAGCUAUACAGAGGUGAUAAAGCGUGAGCCAGGUAGUUUGGGAGCGAGGUGUUGGUCUCUGUACGGUCGAUGUUACCUUCGCCACUUCAAUGAGCUCGACCACGAACUGAUGUCACGGCUCAGCAAGGGCUACAAAGCGUCCUCUAGGUAUAUGAACUGCUUCCUGUCCUCGUUGCUGACGGUGGUGGCUAAGAACGUGGCGUUUUUUGCUGGCUCCCUAUUGGCUGUCCUCAUUGCUCUGACCAUCUACGACGAAGACGUCCUCGCCGUGGAACACGUCCUGUCAUCCAUCACCCUGCUGGGAGUGUGUAUCACUGUCUGCAGGUCUUUUAUCCCAGAUAAACACCUGGUUUACUGUCCAGAGCAGCUGCUCAGGGUGAUUCUGGCUCACAUCCACUACAUGCCAGACCACUGGCAGGGCAACGCUCAUCGCUACGAGACACGAGACCAGUUCUCACAGCUCUUCCAGUACAAGGCUGUGUUUAUCCUAGAGGAGCUGAUCAGCCCCCUGGUGACUCCCUUCAUCCUGAUCUUCAGUCUGAGGAGGAAGUCUCUGGAGAUCAUUGACUUCUUCAGGAACUUCACCGUGGAGGUGGUAGGGGUGGGAGAUACCUGCUCCUUCGCUCAGAUGGACAUCAGACAGCACGGACACCCCGCGUGGAUGUCUGAGGGGAAGACAGAGGCAUCUAUUUACCAACAGGCGGAGGAUGGAAAGACUGAGCUUUCCCUGAUGCAUUUUGCCAUCACCAACCCCCAGUGGCAGCCCCCCACUGAGACCACUCACUUCAUCAGCCAGCUGAAGGAGAGAGUACAGAGAGAGGCUACAGGAGACAGACACACUCUCACCUCACUGUCCGGGUCAGAGCCAAGGAGUCUGAUAGCUAACUUCCUGGCAGGUCCCCCCUCAUUGGCCUCUCUUCAUCUGGGGCGGGACGGCUUCUUGACCAAUCACGGGGCGGUGGGUGUUAGCGACGGGGCGUCAGCCUUGCGCUCCCUCUCAGUCAGCAGCAUGAGGGGCAGCUGUAGCUCCGCCCAUAGGUCAGCCGGACACGCCUCUUCUGCAAGCAGAGCCAUGGCGGGAUCAAGUACUGAUGCUCGAACUGCUAGUUCAGGCAGUAGUGUGUGGGAAGGUCAACUGACAAGUCUUGUCCUAUCAGAAUACGCCUCCACGGAGAUGAGCAUCCACGCACUCUAUAUACAUGAGCUCCAUAAGCAGCAGUCUGGAGGGGAGUUGUCCCGGCACACCUGGCACAGGCAGGACAGUGACGACAUUAGUGACAGCAUCACUGAGGAGGGGGGUUCAGGGUCAGGGAACACUAACCCCCGAAACCCCAUCCCCCGCUCACACACCUUCCCUAUCUCCACCCCUAUCUCCACCCCCGGCCCUAUCCCCAGCUCUAACUCGGGCCCUAACCCUGACCGAGGUACCACUCCGGGACAGGAAGUGGCACCACUCCAGAGCAACAGCCAGCGUCGCUACGGGGGGAACACGGACUCUGUUGGCUCGGGGGGCAGAGUGGUGAGGUCGGCGCGUGUGCCCAUGGGGGGUUGGGCAGAGGAGGGACGAGGAGGCCGACACCCCGACACUGUACCUGAGGAGGGCUCAGAGGACGACAUGCCUCCCAACAUACACAAGGUGUUUACAAAAUCACACACACACACAGGUCUUGUGUCUGUGUAUGGGGUUCCAUAUCAUUGUUUCCCUCUCCUCAGGUGACGUAACUGACCAGGGAGACCCCCCCCCCCCCCCCUCCUUCGCAAACACAUCACACAUCCUCAUCCUACCAGAGAAGAACUUCCUGCUCAUCUGUGAACUUUUGACCAUGGCUUCACCUUUGACCCCAGAUGGUUAGACCUGUGGGAUAGCAGCAUGCCGUGUUAUUCACUCUGGGCUAGAGAAAAACAACCGAGUAACAGUGUGAAGAUUACAAGGACUUCUUCUUGACACCCUCUGUGGAUGACACUUCAGCCAAUCAAGUGACGGUGGUUGAUGACUUCAUCAUAACUGACAGCAUAGAAACCGUAUCAUAUUUGUCGGCUUUUAUAGUUGCCUCCUAGACACUAAUCUAAGGCCAGCUUUAUGGUUUGUCGCCAUAAUGGUUAAGGUUAGGAUUUAGGGAGGAUAAACUGAUCAUAUCUGUGCCUAAGGGCAACGUCUAUCCAGAGAUUACUUUUUCUUCUUGCAUUCGUUUGCAAAUUACGUGUGGGUGUAAACUGCAAUUAAUGUACAUUUUUAAAGAUAACAGACAAGUUUGUCAUUUUUUUAAAUUCUUUGUUUUUUCUCUUUGUGUUGCUUAUAUUUAUUGCACUUUCAGAGAAAAAUGGUGGUGUGUGUGUGUGUGUGUGUGUGUGUGUGUGUGUGUGUAUAUAUAUAUAUAUGCAUGCACAUAUAUAUGUGUGUGUGUGUGUGACGUGACAUGACAGGAGAGCGGACUUCCACCAAAGUAUGACUGCAUUGGCACGAGGAAUCCUUUUGGGUUUGGGUGGUAGAUUGGGUGAUAGUGUUGUACAAAGAUCUCAUAGACAUGAAGCAGGCACUAAACCGAUAUACACCGUGUGCAUAGACAUACUGUUGUAAUUCAAAUCAGGACAUUGGACUAUUCUAAGUAUAUCAUUGAGGUGUAGAUAGUUAAUAAAUAGGGAUAUACAAUAAACACAUCAUAGUUAUUGUUUUUGUUUCAUACAAACACUAUUUAAUUAAAGAAAGCAAACUUACCAGGCUGGUUGGAACAUGUAACUUCAGCCUCUUCCGUGCCAUAUUUAAGCGCUUAAAGCGGCAAUCCACAGUUGAAAUCAUAACAAAGCACCCCCCAUCACUGUUUCAGUAAAAGGUUGAAGGAUGGGGCUGGAGAAAUGUAACCACACUCAAAUUCAUAGACAGAGCUGUGGAUGCAAGGACUGACCAUCCAUUCCGUUUUAACCAUGUUUUGACGCUAUACAGUGUUUGUUUACAUUUACAAAUGUAUAUUUUGGCUUCUGAUGGGGUGUGACAGUGGAACUAAGCUCAUGGUGCAUUUAUAAGUUAUACUCUCCAAGAAUCAAUGGGUUUAUAUCCAAGAUGGAUUUAAGUCCAAAAAAUGGAAGUAGUAACUGCAGAUUGCCCCUUUAAGCACAACCAUCCCAUAACUAUACAGCAAUGAACCUUCAAUCAACACUAACAGCUGGAUAGAAUAGUCAGCAUCAGGCCAACUGCAUGUUUUUUCUGCCCAACUGUCUGGGGAAGAAAGAGAAUGCACUUUAAUGACUUUUGUUGAAUUCAAAGGAUGUCAGUUAUCAGUAUAUUGAUUUUGAUCAUUUCAUAUUUGUAUGACUUUAUUUUAACCAGGGCUUGUGCCACCUUCAGAGAGUUGAGGUUGAGAUGCAUGGUGAUUUACAGGUGUUUGUUUUUGUUGUUCACACUGAUUCUGGACUCACAAGUAGACUAGCCUGGUCCCAGAUCUGUUUUAAGUGCUGUAUAACCAACCCAAUAUGGUCGACCAUACAGCACUAACAGAUCUGGGACCAGGCUAAAGAUGACAGAUGCUUUCAAUAGAUACUGUCAGAGACUACAGCUGGGUAUUCAUUUCUAGAAGGCAAGGUCUGCAGCGCUGCUUGCUUUAUUGAUUGAUAUAUUAAUGUAAUUGAGUGGCCAGCCAGAGAGUCCAAUCUGAAUCAGAUCCUGGAUAAAAAUAGAAGGCAGACCUGGAGGAAUGGAUUUGAAUAAUGUAAAGGGUCUCCUGGGAUACAGUGGUACAAGUUUAACAACGUGGUACUAGGAUGCCUGAGCUAUAGCCUAUCUGUAUCUGUUGUUUUUAUAGAUUGUCCUGUAAAUUGCCAUUUUGUACAGUUGUUAAAUCAUCAAUAAAAAUGUAUUUAAUAA